GUGUUUCCAAACAAUUCUCAUUUAAUCUGCUAUCCAAGUUACCAAACGACAAAUUUGUAAAUGAGAAAGAAAUACAGUGACUAAAUAUGUAAAUAAAAAAAUAUUUAAUCUGCUAUCUUUGUUUCCAAAUAAUUUUUAUUUAAUAUACUAUUUAAGUUUCCAAACAAUACCAAAAUGUACUUCAGUUUUAAUAAUAUAGAUGAAAAUACAUAAUGCAGUUACACUAAGUUUUUUUUUGUUUGGUUUAAGUUAAUAGAGUUUAACCUAUUUGAUCUUGUUAACUUUUUCUAACAAAAAGUUUUCCUUUUUUUAACAAUAAUGAAUUUCUCUAUCCUUCUUCAUCUUAAAUGCCCUCUCUAUAUCAGCCUUUCUAUAUAAAAUGAAAAAGAAGAAAACAAAUACCAUAAGUGGUAUAGUCUAGGCCAAUUCAUUUCACUAUCUUCUUUUUCUCCCUCUUCUGUUUUCCAUUUGAGUCUCCUGCUAGCACAAAGAUUAUUGAGAUCCAAAGAUCUUAACUAUAUGGUGGCAAGAAGAAUCUAAAGAGAAACAACCAAAGCUUAAGCAAACAGUCUUGUCUACUGUUGAAAAACAGGAGAAAAUGUCUUGUAAUAAUGGAAUGUCUUUUUUCCCCUCAAAUUUCAUGAUCCAACCCUCUUACGAAGAUCUACCUCCUUCUCUUUCACCUCUCCUUCCUUCUUGCUCUAUACCUCAAGAUCUUCAUGGGUUUGCUUCGUUUCUAGGUAAGCGAUCUCCAGUAGAAGGGUUAGAAGCUGGGAACAUUAUGAACGGAGAAGAGGAUUAUUCAGAUGAUGGGUCUCAAAAGGGAGAGAAGAAGAGGAGAUUGAACAUGGAGCAAGUGAAGACAUUAGAGAAGAACUUCGAACUUGGAAACAAGCUUGACCCAGAGAGGAAAAUGCAGUUGGCUCGUGCCUUGUGUUUACAGCCAAGACAGAUCGCGAUUUGGUUUCAGAACAGAAGAGCUCGCUGGAAAACAAAGCAGCUUGAGAAAGAUUAUGAUACACUUAAACGACAGUUUGAUUCCCUUAAAGCUGAAAACGAUCUUCUUCAAACUCACAACCAGAAACUCCAAGCUGAGAUAAUGAGUUUAAGGAACAGAGAACAAACAGAAUCGAUAAAUCUGAACAAAGAAACAGAAGGAUCUUGCAGUAACAGAAGCGACAACAGUUCCGAUAAUUUCAGGCUGGACAUCUCGACGGCUGUGCCAUCAGUAGACAGCACAAUAACAGGCGGCCAUCCACCAGCGCAACAGACUGUUGGUCGACACUUCUUUCCACCAGCGACCGCGACGACCACCACAACGACUAUGCAAUUCUUUCAAAACUCGUCUUCUGGUCAGAGUAUGGUUAAAGAAGAAAACAGUAUCAGUAACAUGUUCUGUGCAAUGGAUGACCACUCAGGUUUUUGGCCAUGGCUUGAUCAGCAACAGUACAACUGAAACUGGUCGACCUGUUUUUAUUUCUUUCAAUAUUUUUAUAUAUUUUGUUUUGUUUUUUUUGUUUUGAUAUCAGAAAGAACAUGCAUGUUUCAAAAACUUGGAAUCUAUCAUUCACUUUUGAGUUUUUUCCCCUUUUUGAUCAAUGAGAUGUAAGAAGAUGGGUAAAAGUUAAAGAAGUAUAUAUCAUUAAGUACCAUUUUUCUAUAACUAUAUUAUGGAGGAAAAAUAAACAUGUAGGGAGUAUUAAAUUGUGUAGUCGUGGGUACUGGCACCAUGUGGUCGUAGUCGUCACAUUCAGAAGUGGGAAGAGAUACACAAUGAAAAGGACAUUUUCCAUGUAGCAAAUUAAUGAAAAUCUUUUGUUUAAAUCCAUGAAAUAAAUUCUGCAUAUGUCAUGAUUUGGUCGAGCGGGUUAAACGAAAAGUAAUGAUGGGAGAAAAUCUAAAGGAGAUAACUUUUGUAAUCACGAGACCUUACAAAAGACGUACGAUAUUUUUGUCAUGCAGCAGAGAACACUAUCAAUUUCAUAACCCUUGCCUUUUUUCCUUUUUUUUGUUACAUUAUCAAUUUCACCUCGUGAUUCUAUAUGAGAGUUCACCGUCAACUGGGUUAAUUUGCUAACAAACAAAAAUCCAGAAGUUAAACGGUUAAAUCAUAGAGAAUUUGUACUCCCUACACACCACUUUUUCCCUAUUUGCACUCCAUACCAUAUAUCCCUCCAAUUUUCUUCCCCCCAACAUUAUCAUUUUCCCCCCAUUCAAUGAUAUCCCACAUUUGUUAGUAUAUUUAGCUAAUUUACUCAAUCAUAAAUAAACAUACCGAUAGUAGUGAUAUACUGAUAAUUAUAUUUUGAGUUCAAAUUUUAUAUGGUAUUUAUUUUUAUUUUUUAAAUUACUUUCAAAAAUGACUAAGAUUAUAUACCAAUACAAGGUGUAUAAACAGUGAUAGGAGAGAUUAGGGACAGAAAUUCAAAACUCUCACAAUCUAAAAAUUAUAAAUUAGUGUAUACUAUUUUAAUUGGUUUAAAAAUGAUAUGCAUCUUUAGUAAAAAAAAAUGAAAUGCAUCCUCUUACAUAUAUGUUUCUUUUGUGUUCUGUUAAAGAUACAUUCUUUAUAUACUAAAGUACAAGUUACUUUACCAAUAAAAUUCUGACAUAUGAAAAUGUUAUAAAAUUUUAAAGACAAAAUGAAAUAAAAAAGAAAAACUUAACUGCAUACCAAAAACAGCUACAAAAUUAAUAUUUAGAUAACACAAAAAUCCCUAUAUCUGUCCCAUUACUUCAUGAGAUCACCCACGAUUUCAAAACUGCCACUCUUCAUGCAGAGGUUUUGACUCACGAUGAUAUAAGUUCAUCUGUACAUGCAAUUUUGUUUCUCUCUUUUUUUCGUGAGAGAGUUAACAUGCAUUCAAUGUAAUUUUCUGUAAUUCCAUGCAAUUUCCCUAUUGAUCCUCCCAGCAAGAGAGCGAUAAAAUUUUAAUUUCUAAAAAUACAUAUUGAUGGCUUUGAUGAUAGAUACUCUUUAAGAGAACUUUUUCAAGGAUUAAGAAAAACAGAUUUUCUUAUGGUGAAGCUUAGUGAAAGGUUGGCAGAUGAAGAUUAAAGUCCAGGUUAGUGAGAUUAAAUAUUUCCAAACUCUUCCAUCAUAAUUUUCUAUCAUGUUGAUUUUUUUUUUAUGAAUCUUUAUCUCCUCUAACGUACUUAUAAUAAUUAUCCUUUUAACAUUAUACAUUUGAUCAAUAUCAUUUUAAAGUAGACUAAAUUAAUUAUCGAUUUGCUAGGAAAUGUUUAUUGAAAGAAUUUGAGAAUGUUUACUGAUUUUAAAUUUUAGUCAUAUAUUAUUGAAAUUUGGUCUUAUUUGUAAAAAAAAAGAUUAGUGUCCAUGCUUAGUAUGGGACCCAUACUACUAAACGUAAAUUAGCAUGUCAUCAGAAAAUCAUGUGUUACGCGUAAGAUAACACUCGGCUAUCAAUGAAUAUACAUAUGUACAUGAAGCUGCUGUCAUGUCAUAUAAGAUCGUGUGGGUUAUCUGAUAAAAUUAGCAUGUUAUUACACAAAGUAACAUGUAUUUGUUUAAAUAUGCGGAACAGUAUAACCAUUUUUAUCUGAGAAUUUAAAUUUUAUCCCCAAAAUUAUAUUACAGAAAAAGAAUGGUCAUCUUGCAGAUAAUCCCAAGAACUGUUUUUUUUUAAUCCAAAGAACUGUUUAUCUAGUGCAUAUACCCAUUACGUGAAAAUUUCAUACCAAAACAUAUCCUUAAUAUAUAGUUAUUUAAGGUACUAUGUGAUAAUUAGUUAUAAGUAGAAGAUAAUGUAAAUGUGAUACUCCAAGAGUAAGGUAAAUAGCAAGCGACGUAGACACACACAGAUUCCAAGAGUGUAGAGGAAACGGACAAACAGAGUUGGAAAAAAAGCAAGCAAACAAUUUGGGGUUGGAAAGUUGUCACUCUCCUUUUUAAUCGACCCUUCCCCUUUUAACUUAUUUUCCUCUUCCACAGUCAAAUGGCCGACAUUUUUUAAACUUUUCUAAAUUUCUGAUAGAGAUCGAUUCACUUUUAUGAUUAAAAUUUGAAAUUUUCACUAUCUAUUUGCAUAUAACAUGUCUUUGUUAUGUAAGAAAUCGCUUUGUUCUGAACUUAGACGCUAGCAACAAAAGGAAGCGACAAAAAAAAGUUGUCAAUAAAAGUUUCUUGGGACCUUAAUAUGUGGAGAAACUAAGGCCAACAUUGCUUUUAGUGACCUUGAUGCAAAAGUCUGGCUGCCUUAAAUAUGAGAGAUCGUAGGUCCAUACAUUAUUUACACUGUUCUCUUUGUUUUUUCUUGUUUCAACAUUUUUCCAAUAGACGUUUACAAAAAAGGUUAUCAUCAUCAACCAAAUAUUAAAUUAGUGCUAAUGAAUACAGUAUAACUUUUUUUUUUGAACAUAUAAUACAGUAUAACUUCGAAACAUAAAUUAUAAACAAAAGGUUUUAUUUCUUUGCUUCUCGAUCCACCACUCUAUUUUAUUCUCUAGAUGGAACACUGUUUUCUGAUUGUCUAGCCGAAGAAGCAGAAUUUGAUGGAUCUCUUUGUGAAUUUAAGAGUUUGGCUUGAGUCCAGUAGCAGAAAGCAUCACUAGCUUUUAUUUUCAAAAAGUGUGUUAUGGAGCUUUUAAAAUCAAGGUAACUGAAUUGUCGAUAGCUACAAAAUCUCAAACAUGACCAACAUCAGAUGAGAGAGUAUCAAUAUAAUGAGAUUUUAAUAAAUUUUAAAUUUAAUAAAAAUAAAAGCAUGUCAUUUACCUGCUUAUUCAAAAUAAUAAAUCAAAAAUUUUAAUGAUCCAUUUAAGGAUAUAUACCUUCGCUUUUAGAGAUACUCAGAUAUGAUUAUGGGUAUAAAAGUUUCAAUACUCUCUAGUCUCCAAUAUGAUUAUAGGAAAUUUAGAAUGACAAUAAAACAAGAUGAGCUGAUGAGACCCACUAGAAUCACCCACUUCGUUUCUAUAAGUACACGUUUCUUUUAGCAAACCUUUUUUGGUUUGCUUUGCUUUUUUGGUUAAUGGACCCUUUGAAACUUGGAUGCUUCAACUACACUUGCCUUCCUCACCAUCAUCUCUUUCACGUAAUAUACUUAUAAAUUGUACUACUAGGAAUAUAAUUUAUUGUGUGCAUAUCUUUAUGACUAACCUAGGUUAUAGAAUCAUGCGGCAAAACAAUUCCUUGAUUUUGCUAUUUAGUUAAACAAAAAAGAUUAUAAACAUUGCUUGAUAAGUAUACUAAAAAUUGUAGUUCGCAGCUUGUUUUCUUGAACAUCACACACCAUACAUAAAUAUAUACAUAUUUAUAUAUUAUAAAUUUUAUUAUAUUUAAUAUUAGUUUCAAUUAGCGUAGAUAUAUAAUUGAUGCUUAACAGUAAAAUUAUUCUUUUCCUAUAUUAAUGGGUUUUUUUUUCUGAAACACUUUUUUGAAAACUCCUAUAUUAAUGGGUUAAUAUAGAAAAAUAAUAAAAAUAAAUAAAAACUCAAAAGCCAACGUAAAUAGUCAAAAACCCAUGAAAACUUGUUUUUGGUUUUUGUGUUAAAAAAAACAGUUAUUUCAAAAAAUUAUUUUCCCUACAUUUUAGGGAACCCAUUCUUUGAAAAUCUUGAUUAGGUGAAAAAUCGAUUUUGGAAAAACAAAAACCAAAAACUAAUUUAAAAGCUACAAACAAUCAAGCUCUUAAUUAGCCUUUAGCCAAUAUGGUACACUAGAUGAUAACCCGCGCGCAUGCGCGAGGUAAGUUCUUAUAAAAAUGUUUGUUUAUGAAAUGAUUUUAAUAUUUUGCAACACUACAGUCUUUAUCGAUUGUAAAAUGAUGAAUACAAAUGUUGGUCUCUUAAAUAUAUCAUCGUUGUUAAAGAGUUAACGUAUUACAUCUCAUUUUAAUUAUUUUUAAGACUUCAUAUGCACAAAAAGAAAUUAAGUUUUACGACUGACAAAAAUAACCAAAACCAAAUAGGCAACAUCGAUUGUAUAAUGACGAAAGGGGAUUAAGUUUUCUGCUCUCGAUUUGUUUACCAUUAACUCUCUAUAAGUGAUUUCAUUUUCUACAUCUAUAGAAUAGUGCUUCCGUUCUCGUCUUUUUUUCAUUGAUAUGAGUUAAGUUUCUUUUUUUAACUUCUUUUAUGAAUCCAGUGAAUUACAUAAGUGUCAAUUUAAAAAAAUGGACAUCUCUAAAAAUUAAAUUCACUCCUUAUACAUUUCUAAAAAUCAAAAUUUUGAAAAAAAAGCACCGACAUACUAUAUUAACAGGUUAAUGUUCAAAUCUAAUAUAUCAAGCUGUUAUAGAAUAUAAGUGCAUACUCGAAAUAUAAAUGUUUGUCUAGUAUAUAUUCACAAGCUCAAUCUAAAAAUCAUAUAAUUAGAACAACAAAACAAAUUACUUAUUUCACUAGUUCGGGUAAUAUCCGAACCCGAAUGGAUAUCCGAAGAUAACCAAACAUAAGUAUGCUUAAUUAUAUAUUUCUAAUUUAUUUCUCUUAUUUUAUUCAAAAUAUUUAUAUUAAUGAUUCUUAUUGCUCAAAAUUAGGUAAUAUACAUAUAAUUAUGGACAAAAUCAUUUGCUACUCACUUAAAAUACAUAUCAAGUUCUUGUUUCUUGCAUUAACCAAAAUUGCAUCUAAAAUUUCAAAACAACAACUAAAUUAGUGUCUUUCUAUUUUUAAAAUUUUAUCUCCAAACCUAUUAAUAGUUUAAUCUUUUAAAAAUUAAAAAAAAACAGUUAAGUUAAAAUAUAUUUUAAAUA